GACAUAUCGAUGAGUAGCGCAGAUAUGGAGACAGGGAGGAGCAUGAGCAGUGGCGAGGCAAAGAGGAAACGGCAGCAACGUCGUGGUGGCAUCCGAACAUUGCCUUUCAUCCUUGCAAAUGAAUUCUGCGAUAGAUUUGCAGUAGCUGGUUUCAAUGGUAACUUGAUAAGUUACCUGACACAAGUGCUGAACAUGCCACUGGUAUCUGCCUCAAACAUUCUCACAAUAUUUGGUGGAACGGCUAGCUUCACCCCUCUUCUUGGUGCUAUCAUUUCUGAGUCCUUCGCUGGCCGCUUUUGGACCAUUACUGUUGCUUCUCUUAUCUAUCAACUGGGAUUGGUGAGUUUAACAGUAUCAGCUAUACUCCCCCAUUUUCGCCCCGCACCAUGCCCAAAACAAGUGAAUUGCCAAGAAGCCACAUCUUCACAAUUGAGUAUACUCUACAUCUCUCUCAUCCUCACAUCUCUUGGAUCAGGUGGCAUCAGGCCCUGUGUUGUGCCCUUCUUAGGGGACCAAUUUGACAUGACCAAAAAGGGUGUGGCAUCUAGGAAAUGGAACCUCUUCAAUUGGUACUUUUUCAGCUUGGGGUUGGCUUCUCUAAGUGCUUUGACCAUUGUGGUUUACAUUCAAGACAACACGGGUUGGGGUUGGGGCUUUGGCAUACCAACUAUUGUCAUGUUCGUAUCCAUCAUUGCCUUUGUGUUGGGCUCACCACUCUAUAAGACCGAGAAACCUGAAGGGAGCCCUUUGGUUCGUUUGGCCCAAGUGGUUGUGGCUGCUAUAAAGAAGAGGAACGAGACUUUGCCCAACGAUCCCAAGUUUUUGUACCAAAAUAGGGACCUCGAUGCUGCUAUUUGUUUGGAAGGAAGGCUUUUACACACAAAUCAAUAUAAAUGGUUAGACAAGGCUGCAAUUGUGACAGGAGAGGAGGCCGCUAGAGACCCAAACGCACGACCAAACCUAUGGAAAGUGGCCACUGUUCACAGAGUGGAGGAGCUAAAAUCCAUCAUAAGAACCCUUCCAAUUUCCUCAUCAGGAAUUUUACUCAUAGCCGCUUCAUCACACCUUCCUAGCUUCGUAAUCCAACAAGCCCGCACAAUGGAUCGACACCUCACUCACUCAUUCCAAGUCUCUCCAGCCACCAUGUCCAUCUUCAGCGUCCUAACCAUGAUGUCGGGAGUUAUCCUCUAUGAACGUCUCUUUGUCCCCUUUGUCCGAAGAUUCACAAACAACCCUUCUGGAAUCACGUGCAUACAAAGAAUGGGAAUAGGCUUCGUGAUCAACACUAUAGCCACACUAGUUUCAGCACCAGUUGAAGUCAGGAGAAAAUCAGUUGCUGCCAAGUACCACUUGUUGGACGAUCCAAAUGCCACUAUUCCCAUAAGUGUGUUCUGGUUGGUACCUCAGUAUUGUCUGCAUGGUUUGGCUGAUGUGUUCAUGUCUGUUGGACUUUUCGAGUUUCUCUAUGAUCAAUCACCAGAAAGCAUGAGAAGCAGUGCCACUGCUUUGUAUUGUAUUGUGAUAGCCCUUGGGAGCUAUGCUGGGACACUGGUUGUAACGCUUGUGCAUAAGUACAGUGGCGAGGAAAGGAAUUGGUUGCCUGAUAGGAACCUCAAUAGGGGUAGAUUGGACUACUAUUACUUGCUUGUUAGUGGGAUUCAGGUUUUGAAUAUUAUCUACUUUGGAAUUUGUGUUUGGUGUUACACUUACAAGCCAUUGGAAGAAAAUACUGAUACUGAAGUGAACAAGGAUGAGGAUUUGGAACAGGCUAAUGGAAAGAUCUCAGUUGGCAAUUCGAAAGAUGGUGGAGAUGCUGAAUAGAGGAAGUUUAGAAAGAUUAAUGUGUUUAGGUUCACGUAUACAAUGACUAAUUUUAAUUUGCAUUUGUUGGACUCUUUGAAUGUUCAACUUCGAAUUUAAACCUUAAUUAGUGGUUGAUUUGGAUUAUUUCCAUUUUGUUUCAAAAGUACAUAUUCAACCGAUAUCAAUGAGGGGUUUCAUGUUUUAGGGGGGUGUAUACACUCUCUUAAG